AGCCACCUACUGUAGUUUUUCUUUCGUUAUGAUAAUUCAACAUGGCGGCGCCCACGAUGUGUGAAUUCGCUUCCUUCAUUGAUUUUGUGCAGUUUGUUCGUGCUGAACCGCUCUUGUUCUUUCGUUAUGUGGAUGUGUUUUAAUAAGGGCUGUGUAUACUAAUAUAUGUGUGUCAAUGAGCCCUUAUCAACCAGUUCCGUCACCGUUGCCUUCCGCGUCAGGAUUCCCACCAACGUCCCUGCGUUACGUUUAUGGUGUACGCUUCGAAGAAGAGCUAACAAACAGAGAACUUACUCUGAUAGUGCCAACAUGCCUGCCUUUUGCUCAGCAUGCGGAUGUACGGGCACCGACGGAUUAGACAAUGAGGACAUUGCAGCAGGGCCAGUACAUGCAGCAGUACCUGGUCUGCAUCGGGAGUCGGGGAAACCUGCAGAAACAUCGCCAGAGCUACGAUGUGAGCCAGGCCACGUAGCACACAAAUCUGUUCAAGUGCGACUACUUACCUGCCACAAAGCAUCACAUGCAGAUGAAAAGAAAAUUCUGUCAACAAGCGGUACACAAACCGAGCCUCAAGCUGUUUCUUCUGGUUCCUUGGAUUUCGUGUCUCUGGAGCAGUCUUCUGCAUUGGCGUCCGUACAAGAUCGACUGCAUUCCUGCCGCAAAAAGGAGGGUCCCUUUUCCUGUGUCCGCUGCAAUGCAUCGUUUGUGAUGAAAAGACAGCUCGUGAAGCACAUGCUCAUUCACACAGGACAGGGUCCCUUCCCCUGUGUUCACUGCAAUGCAUCCUUUUCUCAGAAAGACCACCUUGUAAGUCACAUGUGCGUGCACACCGGAGAGCGUCCCUUUUCCUGUGUUCAUUGCAAUGCGUCCUUUUCAAUGAAGGGCAACCUUGUAAUACACAUGCGCACUCACACUGGUGAGCGUCCCUUUUCCUGUGUCCACUGCAAUGCAUCAUUUGUAAUGAAAUGCCAGCUUGUUAAACACAUGGUCAUUCAUCCAGGAGAGCGCCCUUUCAGCUGUAUCCACUGCAAUGCAUCGUUUUCUCAGAAACACCGCCUCGUAAGUCACAUGCGCAUGCACACUGGUGAGCGUCCCUUUUCUUGUGGCUACUGCAGUUCAUCCUUUGCAGCGAAGCGUAACCUCGUGAGACACUUGCGCACUCACACAGGAGAGCGUCCCUUUUCCUGUGUCCACUGCAGUGCAGCAUUUGGUUCAAAAAGCCACCUUGUGGAGCACUUCCGCAUGCACACUAGAGAGCGACACUUCUCCUGUUUUCACUGCAAUGCAUCCUUUUCACAGAAACGCCACCUUACAAAUCACAUGUCUCUGCGUCAUGCGAACACGAUGUCAGAAAUGUGAGCGGCCGACAAGCAUUCAUUAAAGAAGUAAGGCGUGGCAUAAGGGGCAGAGUAGGUUCAUCAGGUUGAUAGUAAAAGUGUGGUUUAAGGUUAGGAAAUUUUUUUUCCGGCAGCUCACGAGGGAGAACGGAAUGAUGUGAGGCCAAGAAGAUGGGCAUUAAAAGAGAUUGAUUGAUUGAUAUGUGGGGUUUAACGUUCCAAAACCACCAUAUGAUUAUGAGAGACGCCGUAGUGGAGGGCUCCGGAAAUUUCGACCACCUGGGGUUCUUUAACGUGCACCCAAAUCUGAGCACACGGGCCUACAACAUUUCCGCCUUCAUCGGAAAUGCAGCCGCCGCAGCCGGGAUUCGAACCCGCGACCUGCGGGUCAGCAGCCGAGUACCUUAGCCACUAGACCACCACGGCGGGGCGGCAUUAAAAGAGAGCUGAGGGGUCAGUGCUUUCAAAGGUUUGGGCUUCUAUCCAUUUUCAACAUGGUAGCUCAGCCUGGUGUUUGAUAUUGGGGGCAGUCAAUUCUUGAGAAGGUGCUCUUUUUCAUGUAAUGCUUCACUACGCCCAACGAGGUUAAGCUGUGCCUCCUUUUGGCUCCCAGAAAUAUGCGUGCUUCUCAGUCUUAAAGGGCCCGUAAACUACUCAGAGGUAGAAAUUCAGUUGUUAUGGGGAAAUUGUGCACGAGUGUACAACAAACACAAAGCCGUGCGAAUUUUCAGAAACAGUAAUAGCGGAGUCAGACGCGUUUUAUUAUCGAAACCGCUUUCCUCUGCUGGUAUCUUCUCCCAUGCCGCUUUGCCUUGUCUCCGAGUCCCCCUCCCAAUCUCGCGUGGCAUACAUCAUCACUGAUGCGCUGCUUGAAACACCGUCUACUUCCGGUUGUCGCGCCACCAACCGUCGACUCCAUCAGUGCUUGUUGGCGAACCAUGGUUGCCGUAAUCGUGCCGGUAUAGAACCUGCGUUGCGCACAUGCCUUCAAAGGAUUGCCAACGUGAUGGAUCCGUAGGGGGACACGCUAUGCCCCGCACAAGUUACACGCAUGCAGGCAACACGACGAACAACAAACAGCGCAAACAGCUGCUUGCAGACUGACCGAAAUUGUAGGCUCUUGCUCGACAGCAUAUUUGGCAUAUUUGGCUCAGCGCGCCAGAGAUGUGGCACGGCGCGUCACGCGGAGGCCCGAAAAGAAAAAGGAAUUGUUUCUUGGAAUUCGUGGCGCGUUGGCUGCUCGCAGCGCUGCCGCAUGCAGAAUCGACGGCACUCUGCACACAAUACGCAUGUUUACUUGAAAUGCUUGAAAAAAUAUUGGAGGUUUUUACGGGCCCCUUAAAGGCCAACUCCGGCGAUUCUUCAAGGUCAAAAGAUCUCACUGUAAAUUACUGGGUACAUUCAUUUGCAUGUUUUCAUCAUUCGUCCCCGAUUACAGGUUGAAUAGAUGUGCAGAGUUUUACACAUGAAUUUUAUAGAUUGCCACAACUCUCCUAACUGGCUUCGAACAAUUAUUGGCAACAUUGUGCGUGUGUGCACAGUUCGUGUGUGCAUUGUGCGUGGCAACAUUGUGCGUGUGUCCUUGAUUUUCAUUCCGGGCACUCUAAAGUUGUGAAAAAUGCUGUCACGACGAGUAUGAGGGCUGCACUUAAGAAGUCUUGCCUGCACUAGAUGAAGGAAAGUAUCGAGAUGCCAUUGGACGGGCUCAAACUGUCUUGGUUUUCUGAGGUCUAUUUGGCUAGGCUGACUAAAAGAAUUCUACAGGUUCUGAGCAUGGUAGGCGCUUGAAAAAAACUGCCUGUUGUCAGCAUUGCAUUCUCUCAUAGUGUAUCACACUUUGGGUGGGCAGCAGACAUGGCGUGCUGCUGAAACGCAAAUAGAACUAUCAGGCUUGGCUGGGUAGUUUCACACUGAGAGAGAGCUACACUCGAAUAAGAGGUAUACACUAUUAGCCAAAGUUCACACAGCGCGCAGCCUAGGAGCGCCAACCCGCUACUAUCAUGGCUAUGCCAUCGUAAUCCCACCUCGACGCAUGCGGAGGGCGAGCGUGCAUGUAAGAAGGGGUAUGCAUCCUUCGCUCUUUCUUGCUCUUCUUGACAACACAGCGAAGAAUAAAGAUUGUGUGUCAUGUUCCCGUGUUGUUUGCUCUUCGAAUUUUACAGUCGUGUUACGUGCUACAAGGAGGCAGUGCUCUGGAAAGUGAUGCGUCAUGCUGGCAACAACACUUGAAUAGACACUGUACGCUUGUCUCUAUUUUUUGGCUACAGGGAUAUUAUUAUUGGGCUUUUAGCAUGCUAUGGACACGCUGUGGCUCUGACAUCUGCGCAAGUGAAUUCACCGCAUACGAACAUGCUCAGAGUAGUGAAUGUAUGCUUUAAAAGUAAAGAUAUUUGGCAGAGAGCUGUCUGGGUGGGUGGCUGGGUGAAAAUUAUGGGAAAUGAAUUCUUUGGCCACUUUUAGUACUCUAGUUUUUAAUGUUAAUAUUAAAACUAAAGACUGACCCGACGUUUCAGGACCGAUUCGGUUUCGAUCUCAGCGGUGACUGUAAGAAACUGUGUGGUUCCCAAAACACAGCCAGUUUUUUAGUUUUUAAUUUUAACAUUGAAAACUAUAGACUAAAAGUAGCUGGAAAGUUCGUCCUGUUUGUUUGCACUACCAAGUUGCUCUAAUGAAUUUCUAUCAACAGGCCCGCCUAUCAACUCUUCUGCAAUCAUUCAAGUGUUUAAUGAUAUGUGUCAUAGCAAUAGUGCAAUAUACCAAUGUAUGUCAUUGCUACUGUGCAAUAAAAAGUUCAUGAACAAAA